AGAAGAUAGAAUUUGGAGAAGAAAAAUGAAACGCAUGUCUGCUGUAAAGUAGAAGACCACACAGCACGUCUGGCCGGCUUUUUCCUCAGAGGAGCUUUCCUGUUCCCUCGGGGCUCACUGAGACUGACCAAGGCCGCCGACUCCAAGUCAAGGAAGCGAUUCGUUAUAGGCCACUGCCGAUGUCUGUACCCUGUUUUUCCGAUUCCGAGUCAUGGCUGCUAGCCAUCUGCAGCUACUGAAAUCAGGGGCUAUAUAAAGGGAGGGGAAGAUUUACCCGAUUUGCCCCUAACGGUCCCGGUCUCUGUCCGAGUCUUCUCACCACCUUCUCCGUUGUCCCCCAACCACCGCCGCCAUCUCUCUUUGUCUCUCUCUCUCGCUGUUUCUCUGGUAUACCCUUCUUCUUCCCUCUCGUUCGCAUCCGCCUUCCAUUUUUGCGGCUUAAGAUCGGAUUGGUAUCUUCACAUUUCGUCUACUCCAGAAAAUUUGCUCGUCUCUUCUUCAAACUACAGCUACUAGGAUGGAUGCGGUUGCCGUUCUCGGAGGACGAACAGUUCCGGGAUCUGCCGCUCUUGUUGCCACAAGGCAUAACUUGGUCCCAAAAGCGAGCAAUUUCGGUACGGAAAUGGCAUCUUCCUACGCGACAUUUGGCACGUCCAGUGGAUUUCUCAAGAUGCGGCCUUUCCCACUGACUUUGGUACGUAGGAAUGGGCAGAAGCAGACAGUUGGGGCUAGGAGAACGGCUGCGAGGGCGUGCAUGGGUCCUUCUGCAUCGUCAUCCCCGCUCGCUCCCCUUCAAUUGGAAUCACCAGUAGGGCAGUUUCUAGCACAGAUUCUGAGGGACCAUCCUCACCUUCUUCCUGCAGCUGUUGAUCAGCAGCUUCAAAUGCUGCAAACUGAUCGAGAUGCAGCCGAGCAGAACGAAAAACCUGCUGCUUCCGGAACAGAUCUCGUUUUGUACAGGAGAAUUGCUGAAGUAAAAGCUAAUGAGAGAAGGAAGGCUUUGGAGGAGAUUCUGUAUGCAUUGGUGGUUCAGAAAUUCAUGGAUGCAGGCGUUCCAAUGAUAUCAUCACUGUCACAGGCGUCCAGUGCCAGGAGUGAAGUUGAUAUAGGGUCCCAGCAGGAUGAGAAGCUUCAAAAGGUUCAUUCUCCUGAAGCAUAUGAGAUGAUUAAGAGCCAUCUGACUCUUAUACUGGGUAACCGUGUUUCCGAUACGAGUUCCAUUGCUCAAAUAAGCAGGGUUAGAGUAGGACAGGUCUACAUGGCAUCUAUUAUGUACGGAUACUUCCUUAAAAGGGUAGAUCAGAGGUUCCAGCUCGAGAAGACAAUGAAGACUCUUCCUUUCAAUAUGGGUAAAGAGCAUGGUGCUGUUCAAGGAGACAUGCCUGAUGAAUCAAGACCCAAUGCCUUGAGUAAGAGUCAGACUGAUAAUUCACCAUGGAAUGGCGGUACAUUCAUUGCAGAACGCAGUGUACAAGCUGCAAAUGGCAGCUUUAAUUCUGGUAGUUUUGACUAUGGGGUAAAACCAUAUCGAUUGCGCUCUUAUGUUAUGUCAUUUGACACUGAAACUCUCCAGCGGUAUGCUACCAUUAGGUCCAAAGAAGCCAUCUCUGUUGUUGAAAAUCACACUGAGGCACUAUUUGGAAGGUCUGAGUUCUCUGGAAGUGUGGAUCGAUCUAAGGAUGAAGCUAUCAGAAUCAGUUUUGCGGGAUUGACUGCCCUGAUUCUAGAGGCUGUAACUUUUGGGUCAUUUGUUUGGGAUGUUGAGAGCUAUGUUGAUUCAAGGUACCAUUUUGUGGCAAAUUAAUCCGAACAAUUCUUGCUGUAGGAUAUGAAAGCGAAGUUAGUGAAAUAAGUCAACUGGCUAGUCAGUUCCGUAACCCAUAGCUUCACUGGUUGAGAAUGUGUAUCUGAAAUGUUUCAGAUACAGAAUUGUGAGGAUUUAGAACUCUGAGGAUGGCAGCAGUUUCUUUUGACCAUAUAAUACAGUGAGUUGAAAAUUACCCUUUUUAAUGGUAGCUCCUUAUUUUAUUUUAUUUUGGGAAAAAUUGGUUUACAAUUAUGUUUGGAGCUGUAAGGUUGAGGUGUUCCUUGUAAUUAACAAGAUGUACGUCUUUUUGAUUGAGAAACCAUAUUUUGAUCUAA